AUGGAAGUUUAUUGGAGAGACGCAGGUCGUACAUUGUUAGAUUGGUGGCGUCCAAAACAAGAGGCAGGCAAUGAAGUCCAUCCCGCUAGCCAAGAUAAUGCAGAAAACACCGACGAAACUGUUCAGGAAGAUGGGACUUUAGGGAAGUUAGAUGGAAGACGGGUUGGAGUGACUCCGCCACUGCUUGCCACCAUUUCACUCAUACUCUUGUCUGGUGUUCUUUUCCUGGUGUCUAGGAAGCGGCAGUUCGCGUUGAGUGACUCCCCCAAAUUGAGCUCCCCCACGUUGAGCUUCCCCGAGUUAAGUGCCACCGAGUUGAGCACCCCAGAGUUGACCUCCCCCGAGUUGACCUCCCCCGAGUUGAGCCCCCCCGAGUUGGGCGCCACCGAGUUGAGCCCCCCCGAGUUGGGCGCCACCGAGUUGAGCCCCCCAGAGUUGGCCUCCCCCGAGUUGAGCCCCCCAGAGACGAACUCCCCCGAGUUGAGCCCCCCAGAGAUGACCUCUUCCGAGUUGAGCGCCCCCGAGUUGAGCCCCCCCGAGUUGACCCCCGCCGAGUUGAGCGCCCACAUGCUGGGUUCCCCCGAGUUGAGCUCCCCCAACUUGAGUUCCCACAAUGAACGGACACCGCUCCCUGUCAGUGACGACAUCAUACGGAGGUCCUUGGAGGACCUAGAAGAAGAGCGGAGAGCGAUGAAUGACACCUGGUUUUCCUCAGGAGAUUCCAUUAAAGAAGCAUUUCAAAAGUACUUCAUGCCGCCGCUCGAUGACGGUCAAUCGUCCACAAGAGAUCCUUUGACUACCAUCAAGGACCACGUUUCCAAGAUGCAAAAAUGUGAAUUCCCGUCUAAUUCUUCUGAGAAGGUGCGGAAGGGUUUCUUGCAACAGGUGCAGCUGCUGCACAGCAUUUGCCGUUUGGUCACGCUUCGUCUGAGGGAAUUGAAGUGGAUCGAGGAAACUGGAGGACGGCAUUUAAGUUACAGGCCAUUUUUUGAACACGAAGGGUCUUACAGUAAUUUUUACAGUGAAGAUUCACGCAGUGCUCCUGCCUUCGAAGAUCCUGAUAGUAAUUCUGGUGGUGAAAACCAUGGCAUUCCUUCGCUGUAUGGUGCUGAAGAAUUGCUUGUGUCGAUGGGAAUGUUCGGCUUUCCACGGAGACAGGAGGUAGAUGAAGCCGUAGCUUAUGAACUCAUAUUCCAGCUUGUUAUAGAGAAGAGAAUUAAUAUCGGCAACUUAGAGGCCCGGCAUUUGGGCAUGCGGUUAGUCCUGUUGCAGCCUAAACAAAUGACAGCCAUCAUGGCUUUGACAGAUUCUGUUAAAUUUGUGCUGAGCUGA